GUCUCUGGAGCGGUGGGGUCGAGACUUCUGUAACCGAAAGCUCAGCGAUCGUUUAGCUCAGGAGCAAGAAGUUGAAAGGCCGUGGUGUCGAGAUCCCUCCGCCAUGUUUUGCGAAAAGGCCAUGGAGCUGAUUCGCGAGCUACACCGCGCGCCCGAAGGACAGCUGCCUGCCUUCAAUGAGGAUGGACUCAGGCAAGUUCUGGAGGAGAUGAAAGCUUUGUAUGAGCAAAACCAGUCGGAUGUCAAUGAAGCAAAGUCAGCUGGGCGAGGUGAUCUGAUACCGACUAUCAAGUUCCGACACUGCUCCUUGCUAAGGAACCGGCGCUGCACCGUGGCUUACCUGUAUGACCGAUUGCUUCGGAUCCGAGCGCUCAGGUGGGAGUAUGGCAGUGUUUUGCCGAAUGCUUUACGAUUUCAUAUGUCUGCUGAGGAAGUGGAGUGGUUCAAUCAUUAUAAAAAGUCUCUUGCUACUUACAUGAGGUCAUUGGGAGGAGAUGAAGGCUUGGAUAUUACACAGGACAUGAAGCCUCCAAAAAGUCUGUAUAUUGAAGUGCGGUGUCUAAAAGACUAUGGAGAGUUUGAAGUUGAUGAUGGUACUUCAGUCCUGUUAAAAAAAAAUAGCCAGCACUUUCUGCCCCGGUGGAAGUGUGAGCAGCUCAUCAGACAAGGCGUUUUGGAGCAUGUGCUACCCUGACCUCAGUACUCGACCAGCAAGCAUGGACACCCCCAUCCUCCCUUUCCACCCUCCCUCAUACAAUCCCUCAACACCCUCCCUGCCAACCCCCCUUUACCCACACUCCCUUACCUGCUCUUUUAUAUUGCAGAAGUUAGAGACAAAACUGCCCAGGAAAACUACAUGUUUUUUCUAUUUCACAGGACUCAGCCUCCUUUCUGUGAUGAGCUAUACUAGUGAUCAUAAUAUCCCUACAAUUAUGAUAAUUGUUUUUUAAUUAAACACAUGUAUUUAUUAAAUUUACAUUUCAAUUUU